AAACUGUGACGCCCAGAGGGGCGUGGCUUGUCCCAACCCGGUACUUUCGGUUUCAUUAUUAGAGUUAAAGUUAGAAAUAAAGAUGCUAAAGUUAAAGACUUGAUGAUAAAGACUGAGAAUCUCACUGAUCAUUAAAGGUCUUUCAGGAGUGGUGAUUCUCAGUAGAUCAUCUAGAUGGCAUUUCUCUGUGAUCCAGAUAUGAAGUUUCAGCAGAUGCUGUUAAAAGUACAGGAGUCUCUCGGGGACGAUGAUCUGCAGGAUCUGCUGUUCCUCUGCUCAGAUCUUGUCAGUCCAAAAGAGCUCAGAGAGGCGUCUACAGCCACAGACCUCUUCAGUUGUCUUCAAACCAGAGAGCUGCUGUCACCCGAUGAUCCAUCUCUGCUUCUGGAGCUACUCACUAUCAUGAAACAAAACAAUCUGAUUCGGAAACUGGGUUUAGAUGGAAAUAUGGAUAACAACGGCACAAUCUAUACACGAAUCUCAGCGUACAGACGGUUGUUGUUUGAGCUGUCACAAUCCAUCUGUGAACAGGACCUGAAAAAGAUCAAGUUCAUGUUGGGUCAAACACUACCACGCAAAAAACUGGAGCGAGAGACGACACUGUUGCAGUUGUUUUGGGAGCUGGAGAAGGAAGACCAUCUGGAUAAAAAUAAUGUAGAUAUUCUGCAGAAAGUUAUAGGAAACGUCUAUCCUGCUUUAGAAAAAAGAAUUGUUCAAUAUAAAGAAGAGGCUGCAUGUGAAACGUUCAUUGCUCAGGAGACUGAGGAUAAUUUGUCCACGUCAGUUCAGCCUUUAUCAGUGACAUCACUCUCAUUAGAUGAAAUGAUGGAGGAUCAGGUGGACAGACUCGAUCUAACUGAAGAUCAGAGCCAGAGUUUGGACAUUACCUCGGGGAUUUCAAAUGAGAGUUCACAUGUAUGUGUUUCUGAUACUCCAGAGAUUCCUCAAUAUAAGAUGGAGGGUGAAAAAAGGGGGAUAUGUUUAAUAAUCAACAACUGUAACUUCACCAGCAUGCAGAAAAGAGAAGGAACAGACAUUGACAAAGAGAGUUUGACGGCUGUAUUCCAGUGGCUGGGCUUUGAAGUCUGGACAGAACAGGACUGUGAUAAGAAACAAAUGCUGGAGGUCUUAAAGGAUCUGGCCGGUCGUGAUCACACUGGGGCGGAUUGCGUGGUCUGUUGUGUGCUUACCCACGGAUAUGUGGAUGGAGUAUUUGGGAAAGAUGGAGAGAAAGUCACAUUUAGAGAGCUGAAGGAGCCGCUACAGUGUUCUUCCCUCUUACAGAAACCCAAACUGUUCUUCAUCCAAGCCUGCAGGGGAACCAGAGAGCAGAGACCGGUGUGGCCAGAGAAUAACAGAGCCGAUGAAAUGACAUUCAGUGAUGCUGCUGUACCCACAGACUCCAUACCUGAGGCCGCAGACUUCUUGUUAGCCAUGUCCACAGUACCUGACCAUGUGUCCCUCAGAGAGAAAACUAAAGGAACCUGGUUUAUACAAGCUCUCUGUCACAACCUGAAACAGCUGGUGCCAAGGGGUGUGGAUCUGCUGUCUAUCCUGACACAAGUGAACAAUGAUGUGAGCAGAAAAACCGACCCCACUGGUACAAGGAAGCAGAUGCCACAACCAGAGUUUACUCUUACUAAGAGAGUUGUUUUUCCUAUCCCUAAAACCAAUCCACCUCAAUAAUCACAUACUGCUGACAGUGCAAACCAAUAUACUUGAUGUUUAUCCGAAAAAAAUGUUUACAUGGACAAUCUGUGCAAAUGAUAACGUUUUUUACAUGUUUGAAAGAGGGAAGAUGACAAUUUAUGUUAUCCAAAUCCUAUACUGUAGCUAACACAGUGUCCUAACCAGAUCUGGUAGAUGUUUCCAUGUUGAGUUUUUUUUAACCAGGUGCAAUAUGAUGCUACGUCGAGCAGCAGUGGAUUUAUUUUAGAUCAUUUAACUCUUUCACCGCCAGCGUUUUUAAAAAAAAUUGCCAGCCAGCGCCAGCGUUUUUCAUGAUUUUCACCAAAGUUUAAUGCCUUCCAGAAAAUUUUCUUCUUUAAAUAUAUAAACAUACAAUAUACCAAAUGAAAGAACAGACCCUCUGCUUUCAAACAAAAAAAAAACUGUUUCAUCCUACCUUCAGUGAUUCUUUUGUAAUCAGCUUUUGAAUCUGGGUAGGUUUCUGCAAAAACACCACAUUUUGAGCAAAAAGCUGAGAUAAUUCCAUUUUUGUGACGGACUUUUCAUAGAGAUCCCAUUCAGAG